AUGGCCAGUUCUGCGACUCCCGAACAAGCGAUGAACUUCAACAGCGGUGCUCAGAGAGCUGAUGAAGAGCCAAGUGCCAAGACCAAAGCUGGCCUCCCAUUACCGGUCAAGUACCCUCAAUGGAUCAAUUAUAAAUUCGAGCCGGACGGCGCAGUACGACCAUUCGCUGGCAACACCAUCCUCAGCCAUGUCCCCAAAGAGAGCGACAUGUAUCGCUCUCUUGUGCAAAUACACAGGGAGAUCAACGGCAGUGACUUCGCAGGUUUAUUUGCCCUUCUACCUCCAGAAAGCUACCACACGACCAUUCUGGAAGGUGUUUGCGACGCGAUCCGUGAUCAGAACCACUGGCCGCGAGAUCUGCCACUCAACGCACCGCUAUGCGAAUGCACCAGGCUGUUUGAGAGCAAGCUGGCAGAAUUCGACAUUGGGGACCAUUCAAGAUUUCGGAUGGCGGUCAAGGGGUGGACUGCCCUUGAAGACGGGAUUGGACUCCAUGUAAUGCCCGUUGAUGACGCGGAGGAAGCAAGGCUUCUCUCCCUUCGUGACAAACUCUCAGAUUGCCUUGAGCUCCGACUUCCAAAUCAUGUCGGAUACGAUUUGCACGUCAGCAUAGGCUACUCGCUGCGAUUCCUGACCGAAAAAGAGGAACAGCACAUCACGGCAUUUCUGAAUGCCCAGCUUUCAAAGCUGCCAUCUACUUUCGAGCUCGGUCCUGUGGAGUUCUGCACCUUUUCGGAUAUGUUUGCCUUUGAAAGGGUCAGACUCUUAGGAGGUCAAUCAUGA